AUGGUCCCCCUCAGAACCCUCCCAACCCCUUCGCUCCGCCUCCUCCGCCCCUCCCUCACCAUCACCCGAUCCCUCCGACCACUCUUCUCAUCUAGCCUCCCCAAAGCUACCCUACUAACCAGAGCACCAACCACCAAACCCCAUCUCUCUGUAUCUACACCUCUUCAAUCCCAACUCCAAGCCAGAACCCAAUCAACGCAAGCCAGUGGCAAAAGCCAAGCCGACCUUAUCGUCGAAGAACUCCAAGAACUCUAUGAAACCGCAAAAGACGAAUUCGAGAUCGCAAUAGAUAGUACCAACGGGGCAACGAUCUACGCGGCCUCGGACCGGGAGUCGGCGCGCGAUGCCCUGAACCAGCUUUCGGCGGUGUUUGCGCUGUACACGACGGAGAUUCCGAGCGCGGAGGAAUCGCAUCAGCCGCAGCAGGCGCAGCCGGAUGAUUCGGGGAGUCAGGUUGUGUCGACGUAUUUUGACCCCGGGGAGAUUAAGCCGGCGGUGAGGGAGGAGGUGAAGAGGAGAGUUGGGCAGCGGGUGCGGGAAUUAGAGAAUGCGGUGGAGGCGUUGGAGGAGAGGGCGAAGGAUGAUUGA